UGAGCAGUGACUUCGCACUUGUAGAUGAUUGAUUAAACUCUUGCAUUGGAACUGAACUGAACAACAUGGACAUAAAACUACACAAAUGAAGAUUUAGUAAUUUUUAUCGAAAGUUCUUUACUUAUCGUAAGAAAGGAUGAAAAUAUUUCGCCGCAUUUUUCUAACUUCGAUAUUAACCGUUGUCCUUCUUAUUACUUUAAUAUACAUUACCAUUCUACCAAAUAAAAAUCAAAUAUUAUCAAAAUUCAACGCUGCAACGGAUCUUACUUCUACGCAAUCGUCAUGUUUGGGAAAAAAAUCCUGGAAAUCAAGAUAUUACUACAAUCUCUCAUUACAAACAGAUGUACGUUAUUGUAAAUACAACUUAAGAACCAGUGGAGAAAAAGACAUUGUAAAACUAACAAUUACGACGUUUGACGGUUUAAAAAGACAAAAAGUUAUUGGUGGCGACUCUUGGAGGUUAUUUGUUCAAGGAGCAGUUUAUUUCAACGCCGAUGUUAUAGAUAAAAUGGAUGGAACUUAUGAAGCAAGACUUGAAUUGCCAGUUUCUGGAGAUUAUAAAUUUAAGUUGGAAUUAGAAUAUAGUCUCUGCGACGGAAUUCGCGAUCCUCCUACUUGGUGGUUUAUUAAUGGCACUGAACAUUGCAAAUAUCAAACUGCUCAUCUGGAUAGGAAAGGUUAUAUAUAUAAAACACAUGUUUUGUCGUUCAAAAAAUCGAAACAGAAUGCAACAGUUAGGGUAGAAAAACAAACAAAGAAUAACACAGGGACAUGUAUUUAUGUAGGUACCAGUAAAGGAUAUUGGGCGCGCAAUGGCACAAAAGUGAAAUUUACAUCAAUGCCUAAAACAAAGCUUUUUGUGUUUAAUAAAAAACAUAAGCAAAACACCACUUUGUGGGUAUAUGGAGAUUCGUUAGGUCUUAGAUACUAUUCAUACUUGAAAAAACGUUUUAUUUGUACAGAUUUUUUUAAAAAUUGUAAAGUCACUUAUAAUUGGGUAUAUCCUCUGUAUCGUGGAAAAGAAAUUGCAAGACGGAUCUACGAUAAAAAGGAUUUUAACGAUAGUAUUGUCCUUAACGACCUCAAAAACGUGCUGACAUGCAAAGAAAUGAGAAAUCCAAAAAGUGUCCUACUUUUAAAUUUUGGUUUACACACAAUGAUGGGCUUAACUAUGAAUCAAAGCAAAACCUUAUUAAUAAAUUUUGUCAAAAUGUACAGGAAUCUUAAAAAAAUACAACUUGUUCCCAUGGUGAUUUGGAAAACGACAACGCCCACUUAUCGCAAAUAUAAAGACGAUCAUAGAUUUUUAACAAAUCAUCGCAUCAAACUGUGGAAUGAAUUUGCUAAGUUGGUGUCAUGCGAAGAAAAUUUCCCAAUCUUUGAUAUAUAUCAUGUAGCUGCAUCGUAUCCCAAUUUUGCCAUCGAUGGGAUUCAUUUUGCUGAAGAAGUUUUUGAUGUACCAACUAAUCAACUGGAAAAUUUUCUGGCAGAGAAUUUGAUGAAGUAAAAAUUCUGGAUAUCUGUGCAACUUUGUUCUUUAGUUACAUUAUUGUUGGUAGACGUUCUUUUAUAUUGUGAAGAUAACGUUAUGGCGCCUAAUCCAAGUUUCAUUUUUAUGCUGUUACACCUGCAUAAGAGAGACUUGAAGGCUGCUCGAAAAGCAGGACUCCGUACUGAUGCUUUGUUAUAGAUGUGGACUAUCUGUUUAUAGUUGCCCAUAUAUGCGGCAGUGUUCAAUAGAUGGUGUUUAUUUAAACGAUAAUUUAUGAUGAUCAUUUAACGAAAAUGAUCUAUUAAGUACUAUUUAUUUGAAUUUCCGCGCCCGAAGGCGUAGGAAAUUCUUUAAAACCGUCGUUCUUUUCUUUUGGAGCAUUUUUUGAGAAAAAAUCGACCCUGGGAUUACACGUUCCUCCGUCACAGAUGUAAACUUAGCACCCAAGCUCCCCAACUACUGGGAACUCAUCUAAAUGAUGUUUCAGGACAAAAUUAGUAUUUGUUUUCAACAAAAAUUGGCAAAGUUAACAAAAAAAGUAUGGUGAACAUAAUGGUGACAUCGAAAUUUUGAUUUUUGUCACCUAAAUGUCAUUUUAGGCCAAAAUUUAACCAAAAAUUAAAACUGCUUUAUUUUCGACAAAAAUUGCCACAGUUAAUAAAAAAAGUAUGCUGAAAAUGAUGGUCACAGCAAAAUUUUGAUUUUUUGUCAACUAAAUGCCGUUUAAGACCAUAAACGUUUCAAUCGCAAGACUUACCAUGAAUGUUAGGCUGUAUUUUUUGUUAGCAAUUUAUUUUAAAAUGUGAGUUUAUUAUGACACGUUUCGUUUUGUUUGCGUUUGUUGUAAGAUAUAAUGUCACUUGUGUGCUUUAUCUUCAGAGGUUCAUGCACCAAACCUCCUCAAAUGUUUAGCACAAUAUAACACAACGAAUUAGCAGGUUUUCAUCAAAUAUUUUGGUAGCGAGCGGAAAUUCUUAGAGCCCCCAGGGCUUCU